CGAAUGUGGAUUAAUCCAAAUUGGUUUUGGGCUGGUUCUGUGAGGUCAGGCCAAGCUGGGACUGGUUGGGACUGAUUUGGAUACGUGUGGGCUCCAGCUUAAAUGUCUCUGCAUGAGUUUCUUCGGGAGGGCCAGGAUGCCCCACAGCGGAUCCUGUCCCGGCUCACCCAGCUUCUCUAUAACCUAUCAGCUACAGUCUUACAGGGAGUCCCGUUCUCUCCUUUCACAACCGCAAGCCGCAAGAGCUCCUGGAGGGACUGGAAUGAUGAGAUUAUGCAGCAGGAUAGCAUUCCUCUGUGUGCUGCAGACAUCAGCCCUGACCUCAGGAAACAGUUUGCCUUCCUGUCAGGUGGUCGAGGACAGAACAGCAGCCCCAUCAUUAUUUUCCCAGAAUACCCAACAUUUGGUGAGCUGGAAGAACAGGAGUUUCACAACGUCCUGACAUACCUGACCAGUGUUCCCAGUCUCAGCUCAUCAGGGGUGGGCUUCAUCCUGAUCAUUGACCGCCGGCAAGACAAAUGGGCAUCAGUGAAGGGGACGUUGCUGCGGAUCGCGGGCUCUUUCCCAGGCAACCUGCAGCUGGUGCUGGUACUGAGACCCACAACAUUCUUCCAGCGGACCAUCUCAGAUAUACUAUUUAAGUUGAACAAGGAUGAGUUUAAAAUGAAGGUGCCGGUGAUUAUGCUCAGCUCUGUGACUGAGCUCCACAGUUACAUCGACCGCACACAGCUCACUCAGGAACUGGGCGGCACGCAGGAGUACUGCCACGAGAAAUGGAUUUCACACCGCACAGCCAUUGAAGGUUUUGCUCUGAUGGUGAAAAAAACAGCACAAACUCUUCAGUCAUUUGGGACAGAGCUGGCAGAAACAGAGCUGCCCAAUGAUGUAGAGGCCACGUCCAACCUUCUGACCAUCCAUACGGAGAAGAAGGACAAGAUGAAGGAGGACUUGAGGAUUGCUCUCUGUCAGGGAGGACGUUUGCUGGAGAGCAUCAAUGAGCCAUUGGUGAAAGAUCCAGAUUACAUCAUGAACCAGGAUGAACUGGAGAACCUGGCCACUGUUCAGAGACUGCUCAGUCAGUUAGAUGAGACUGAAACAGCAUUUGAUGAUUUCUGGGACAAACAUCAGACCAAGCUGGAGCAAUGUCUGCAACUGCGGCUUUUUGAACAGAACUUCAGGGAGAUCAGAGUUCAUUUAGAUCUGGCGUAUGACAGAUUAUCAGGCUUCUCGGAAGUAGGAAUAAGCCCCGCCCAUGCUGAACAUAUCCUCAAAGAGCUGACCAAGCAUGAGGAGAGAACAUGUGAAGUUUUGGACCAGGCUUUGUCUCUAGCAAGUGAUGGAGACAGUUUGAUUGAAGCAUCUCAUUACGCUGUGGACUCCAUCCUGCCCAAAUGCUCUGACCUGCGGGCUCUCUCUGAGGAGAUCAGUGGUGUACUGAAGGCCAAGAAAGCACAUCUGCUCAAAGCCAUGGAGCUACACCAAUGUCUAGAGAAGGCCACUAAAUGGUGUGAUGAUGGCAUUUACCUCCUGGCAUCUCAGCCCAUAGAUAAGUGUCAAUCCCAGGAUGGAGCGGAGUUAGCACUGCUGGAGAUUGAGCGUUACAUGGAGACAGCCAAUCGGCACAAGCUGACAGAUUUGAGCGGAAUUUGGAGGGACUAUGAGUCCGUGCUCACGCAAGAUUUCAGGGAUCAGGUGGACAGAAUGUUUCAGAAACAGCUGUCCAUGCAGGAAAUGUUUGAGAAGAGGAGGGUCAGUCUGAAGAAGUUAGCAGCCAAACAGACAAGACCUGUGCAGCCAGUUGCCCCUCGUCCAGAAGCCAUCAUCAAAACACCCCUCUCAUCUCCAGCUCAUAGAGAGAAGACUAUAGAGGGUGAUAUCAUCAAUGGAAACUUCAGAAAGGGAGAAACACACUUGCAGAAUGACGGCAGCAGACACCCGUCUGUCUCAGAUGAAGAGGAGAACUUCGCUGUGCUCAGAAGGCAUGUGAUGAAUGAGCUGUUGGAGACAGAGCGAGCGUAUGUAGAGGAGCUGCUCUGUGUGCUGGAGGGUUAUGCAGCAGAGAUGGACAACCCUGCCAUGUCUCAUCUCAUCCCCAAUACACUGCUUCAUAAGAAGGACAUCCUCUUUGGCAACAUGCCUGAGAUAUAUCACUUCCACAAGAAGAUGUUUCUUCGUGAACUGGAGGCAUACACAGACUAUCCUGAGCUGGUGGGCCGAUGUUUCUUGGAGAGGAUGACGGAUCUUCAGAUCUAUGAGAAGUACUGUCAAAACAAGCCUCGCUCUGAAUCUCUAUGGAGACAGUGCUCUGACUGCGCUUUCUUCCAGGAGUGUCAAAAGAAACUCGAACAUAAGCUUGGUCUUGAUUCGUACCUGCUCAAACCUGUGCAGAGAAUAACCAAAUACCAGCUUUUACUGAAGGAACUGUUGAAGUACAGUAAAGGCUGUGAGGGGGAAGACGACCUGCAGGAGGCGCUCUCUUCUAUUCUAGGCAUCCUGAAAGCUGUAAAUGACUCCAUGCACCUUAUCGCCAUCACUGGAUAUGAAGGUAACCUGAGUGACCUGGGCCGACUGCUGAUGCAGGGGUCAUUCAGCGUGUGGACGGAGCAUAAGAAGGGCCACGUGAAGGUGAAAGACUUGGCGCGCUUCAAGCCCAUGCAGAGACACCUGUUCCUGCAUGAGAAAGCACUGCUUUUCUGCAAGAAGCGGGAGGAGAAUGGAGAGGGUUAUGAGAAAGCCCCUUCAUACAGCUUCAAACACUCACUCAGUAUGAGUGCUGUGGGUAUUACUGAAAAUGCAAAAGGAGACAACAAAAAGUUUGAGAUCUGGUGUAACUCUCGAGAGGAGGUGUACAUUGUACAGGCACCGUCAACAGAAAUCAAAACAGCAUGGGUGAACGAAAUCAGGAAGGUUCUGACUGGCCAGCUGAAGGCCUACAGGGAGGCGAGCCAGCAGAAGAGUUCAGACCAGAUCUCUACCUUAACUCCCACCAGCACCACAACCUUGAGCCCCUUCAAGACCAGCGCGAAGAGCCUCAAGAAGGGAGAGGAGAAGAAAUCUGAACCAGCCGUGAUAGAUCCAAGUACAGCCUCCUUACCCAAAAACACAGAGAAGGUCAAAGAUGAGACAGUCACCAGUCCCAACAUUGAUAGAGCUGCAGUGGCUAAAAAACGUUUUACACUGCAGGGUUUCAGUAACCUCAAGAGCCAAAAAGAGCUGUUAGUGCCCUCUGGUGGAAAAAGCCUAACACUACCCAUGGUCACUUUCUGCCCUUCAGGAUCCCCCCCUAGUCCUGACCACAAAACUAAAAGACAUGAGAUUAAGAGUGAUCCAACACCGUUUGGCUUCAGAGACGCAGGUCCCAACGUCACUCUUACCAGAGUGAGAUGGCUGAGCACUUCUAGUCUUUUGCAGGCUAAAAGGAGAGGGUUCACCAAGGCAUCGCUGUCCAUGGAUGCGUCAGAGGAGAAUGAUGGUUACUCGAGCACCGAGGACCCCAUGAAUUCCGACCCUGAGGAGGAUGGUGGUAAGAAAAUGUCUCCAGGCAGGUAUGUGGUAGCUGCUGACUAUGACAAAAGUGGUCCACAGGAGAUAACAGUAAAGAGUGGAGAUACAGUGCAGCUGGUCAGAGAAGAAGAUGAUGGACGCUGGUUUGUGCAUAACCUGAGGACCAAUAAGGAAGGCUGGGUGCCUGCUGCAAACCUACUCACUCUUAUUGGAGUGUCCAAAUCUUCUCAAUCUCUCUCCAGCUCAGAAGGUAGUGUAUCUGGCAACCUCAGCACCUCCUCCAGCUGCAGUGAGACCUACACAAGCUUCUCAGACAUCAAAGCCUGAAGCCUGGGGCUCAAACCUGUGUCUGCACCACCGCCUUGUGGCAGCUCCUACACAGUGCACUUUCUACUGAAGCUACUCUGGUCUUUGUUCUGCAUUUAACCUCCUUAAUUCAGCAGAGGAAGGAACUGACCUCUGCGGUCAGUAUCCACUUAUCAGGAUAUUUAAUAUAGAGCGUUACUCUUUCUUAACAUUAUAAGAGGAGAGAAAACGAGAGGAGGAAUAAUGUUAUUUUGUGUCUGCUGUUCCCCAUUCAAAUUCAAACUCCUGUGCUUCAAAAUAUUGAAGUGAUGCUGUUAUCUCCUUUCACAACUGCAUGAUACAGUCCCUGAAAUAUUAAAAAAUGAAACAAGAUUCAUUAAGAGAUCAUUUACCCAAAUAUGAAAAUUCUGUUUGAAAAUAAAUUUGGUUUGGUACAACAUGAAUUGUACUUUUGUGUUGAAUUUUCAUUUGUGGGUGAACUGGUGAAGUUACAGAAGCCUUUAAAGGCACAGAGUAGUCCACAGUUUCAUUCUCUCUGGACUUCUUAGAACAGUUGACCUUCCAUCGGUUUUAUUGAUCUUGCAUUGAAAAUAUCAGUCUUUUUGGAAUGUCUGAUUCUCUUACCGUCUAAAGCCUCUCUGAUUUUGCUGUAGCAGCAAGAUAAUGAAAUGAGUUUUUUUUUUUUUUAUUUUAUUUUAUUUUUUAUUAUUUGUUUUUAUGAUAAAUAUUAUUGAGGUUAUGCCUGGUUUCCUCCAACUGAAAUGACUGAAAAGUCAUGUCAUUCACUGUAUGUAUUAAUCAAAAACAGCUGUAUAUUUUUAAUUAUUUCCUGUAAAAGAAUAAGAUUUGUACAGAUAUUAACUUUAUCAUGUUUUUCAUUAAAACACACACACACACACACACACACAUAUAUUUUGCAAACUAUUUUUUUCGUGCAAAUUAUGACCACUAUUGUUGUCAAUGGAUUGUAUUUAAUUGUAUUUUGUUGUAUCUGUCACUUUACUGAUCUGCACAGCUCAUGUACGUUAUUACAAUUUUCCAGUAACAACAUACCAAUUGUAUUCACGUUUUAUGUUAUUUAUUUUAUGUGUCAUCACAGAUUGUAAUUUCAUCAGUUCAAAAUGUAUAAACAGGGAAGCGAUGAGCAGUGUGUUAAAACCAGCAAUCAAUUUUUUAAGACUUUAUUUAAAGAAUAAGUAUUUCUUAAACUGGUCAAAAAUGCUAAUUUAUAUCAAGGUUCCUAGAAUCAGACAGCUGAUUCAAGGAAGGAAUUAAAUAUAAUGGGUUUUUGGCAGUUUGAUGACCACAACAUUUCUGUGCUUCAUGGCCACAUAGCUGUGAACUUGUCUUUUUGUUUUAACGUCUUCAGCAAUACAAUGUCACUGUUUAAUGUGUUAUGUGACACAUUGCUGCAUGUUUGGCAUUAAAAUAUUUUCCUGUAUCAGACUCUUAUCUCUGUAUAUGUGUAAAUAUGUAUCUAAGAGGUUGUAUGAGAUGAAUGAAUUUAAAGGGCAUAGUUUGAAAUAAACUUCACUGAAACUGAUUCUUUUCUGCUGGCCCUAUUUCUAGGAAGUGUUUCUUUUUUUUCUUUCUGUUUUUCCCAUUUCUGCUUUGAAGAUGACCUUUACAACAGAAAAUAAAGUUAAAAAAAAUAUA